UGGAUUGGAGAAUCGUGUAAGACUCCAUUAUAGAAUGUAUAGGUGCUUUACGCAGUUAUACACGUGUUUGUAAUUUGCAAAACUCUGAAACUGCUUCCUUAGCUCGACCGAUUUACUAUCCAAGGUUAAUUUGAAGGAUUCUGAUUUUAGACUAGCUGUUAAAGUGAUUGCUAAAGUGAUAAAGAUGAAUUAUGACAAGGGCAUCUUGGAACACACUCCCUUGUAAAAGGGCGACACCUGUGAUUGUGAGAAGAACGCGUCCUCCCAGUCUCCACGUACACAUGCUUAUUACUUACCACGCAGCCAUACAUGUGUCUGUGGUUUGAAUCUGCUACUUGCCACGCAGUCAUAUAUGUGUCUACUCUGUAGACUCUGAAGCUGCUUCCUCAGUGGCGAUCCAAGGUUAAUUUGAAGGAUUCUGAUUUCAGAUUAACUGCUAAAGUGGUAAAGAUGGAUUCUGAUAAGGGCAUCUUGGAACGUACUCCCUUGCAAAAGGGAGACACUUGUGACUCUGAGAAGAACGCGUCCUCCCAGUCUCCACAUGAACAAGAUGGAACUGCUGUGGUUCUAGGUAUGAAUAAAAAACCUGCGAGAUCAAAUUUGUACGAGAUCUGUGCUGCAAACCAUUGGAAGCCCCCUCUAUUUGAAUGUUACAAAAAGGAUGGUCCAUGCCAUCAGAUAAUGUUUACCUUCAAGGUUACUAUUGAGAUAGAAGAUGCAUCGAGGAACAUUAUAGAGUGCUAUGGUGCCCCUCAACGAAAAAAGAAAACAGCCGCAGACGAUGCAGCUGAGGGAGCUUUGUGGUAUCUAAAGAAUAUAGGCUACGGGAUGAAGAACAAAUAAAGCAAUAUAUUAUUGGAUAUCAUCAACACUCAUGGCAUCGCAUGCCCCAAAAUUUAAUUCACUCUUCGGUGAUGCUCUCUAGACUCGGUUGCCAAAUCUCAGAAGACCAUGCUUUCUUAGGAGAUUCCCUACAGUCAUUUCCUGUCGAAUCUUGCAUCUUUCUGCUAGUUAGCGUGUUGUCACAUGAUAAACCACCACUCUUGUACUUAACAUAUGUAUUUGAAUUUCUUAUAGCUGAUACAAUUUGUGGCUUCUCGCUUUUGUUUCGAGAAUCUUGUUUGCAUCUA